AUGUAUGUCGGUAGUAUCUUUUGUAAAGGCUUGUUGAAGAAACAAUAUGCUGCUAAUUUAAAGAGCAAAGGAGUUUUUGAAGAGGUAGCUCAAAGGUUACCUUCACCUCUAGCUACGGUAAGACCCAGUGAAGGAAUAAUAAUGGGCAUGAAAAAUAAUUUAUGUGAGAUUUGGGGGCACCUCGAAAAAGAAGAUGUGGGAAUCAUCGGCUUAUAUGGGUUAGGAGGAGUUGGGAAGACCACUCUGCUAACUGAAGUCAACAACAAGUUUGUCAAUACAACUCAUGAUUUUGAUGUUGUGAUUUGGGUAACGGUGUCCAGUAAUCUAGAUUUGGAUCAGGUUCAAGAUGACAUCGGAAAAAAGAUGGGACUUUAUGACGAGAUAUGGAAGAAUAAAAGACCAGAAGGAAAUAAAGAAGAUAUAUGUGGAGUGUUGAGCAAAAAGAAGUUUGUUUUGUUGUUGGAUGAUAUGUGGGAGCGCCUUGAUCUCUUAGAGGUUGGGAUUCCACUUCAAAACAAGCAAAACUCCAAGAUAGUAUUCACAACCCGUUCUAAAAGGGUGUGUGGCCAAAUGGACGCUCAUAAAACAAUUGAAGUGGAGUGUUUGCCAUGGGGGGAGGCUUGGGAUUUGUUCCAAAAGAAGGUUGAUUGGGAGAUUGAUUGGAGUGUAGAAGGAAAAGAGAUAGAAACUAGUAAUAAUCCCAUCGACUUUCAUAUCAGAAACCGACCAUGCUUCCACAGCCUUCGUAGAGUAUUCAUAGAUAAUUGCAAAAGGUUGAAAAACGCAAAAUGGAUUCUCUUUGCUCCAAACAUCGAGUCUCUCUCUAUAUCUAGCUGUGAGAAUAUGGAAGAAGUAAUUAGUGCGGGUGCGUGGAUGGAAGCUACAGAGAAAGGGAAAAUUCCAAAACCAUUUGCAAAACUAAACCAUUUGAUGUUAGGUCGUCUUCCAAAACUAAAGAGCAUCUACCACAAUCCCCUGCCCUUCCCUUGCUUGGUUGUCCUCGAUGUAAGAGAGUGUCCAGAGUUGAAGAAGCUUCCACUCAACUCUGAUAGCGCUAAAGAACAUCGAACUGCCAUGUAG